AUAAAUAGGGAUGCAAUGGAAGACCAUGCUGCAGCGAAGCGCACAUCUGAGCUUAUUAAGACAGUGAGGGAGAUGGCUUUCAGAAGAGGAGAGAUGUUGCUAGCUAUCGUUGUGGGCCUAUGCUUGAGCGCAAUCGGGACAGAAGCCCAUCUCAGAGUUGGGUUCUACUCCUAUAGCUGCCCUAAAGCUGAAGUGAUUGUCAAGAAGGAGCUUCAAAAGGCUCUCAAGGCCGAUGCUGGCAUUGGAGCUGACCUUCUUAGGAUGCACUUCCAUGACUGUUUCGUGAGGGGUUGUGAUGGUUCGAUUCUUCUUGAUUCGACCAAGAAAAAUACCGCGGAGAAGGAUGCGAUCCCCAACAGAACCCUUGAAGAUGAAGCAUUUCAAGUUAUCGACAAGGCCAAGAAAAAGUUAGAGAAAGUCUGCAAAGGGACAGUCUCAUGUGCAGACAUUCUUGCAUUCGCCGCCAGAGACAGUGUUGCACAUUAUGGAGGAACUUUCUACGCGGUCCCAGCAGGCAGAAGAGAUGGAAAGAUCUCCAGAUCAAGCGACACCAUCGAUCUCCCUCCUCCGACGUUUAACCUCGAACAAGUCACUCGGUCAUUUGCCUCGAAAGGGAUGAGCCAGGAUGACAUGAUCACACUCUCAGGAGCACAUACCAUCGGCGUAGCGCACUGUCCUACAGUCUCCAACAGGCUGUACAACUUCAGCCGGAAGGCGAGCACCGACCCAACCUUGAACCCCAAGUAUGCCUACCAGCUGAAGAGGGAAUGCCCUCCGGGGAGCAACAACGAGGUGGACAUGGAUCCACCCAGCCCUCUCACGUUCGACACCAGCUACUACAGCAACCUCCUCGAUAACCGCGGCCUCUUCACCUCCGACCAAACCCUCAUGUCCACGCCUGCUACCGCGGGAAAGGUGAGGCAGUUAGCAGGCAGUUCUGUGCUCUUCAAGCAGAAGUUCGCAGCUGCCAUGGUGAAGAUGGGCAAAAUUGGUGUCCUCACCGGUGAACAAGGCGAGAUACGCAGCUACUGCAGAGUGGUGAACUAGUGGGCACAAAGUCGUCUCCUAUUAUACGAUGCAUUUUGUUUGUUUGCUUCAUCUUUUUCUGAUAUUGCUACGUUCGAUCAUAAAGGCGCAUGCUGUUGUGCUGAUUUCCUCUAUUAUGUAUUUUGAAAUGUGCCAAAGAAGUGCUUUUUUGAAAUUUAA